UUCACAUGGAUAGAAGGUGUGUGGGUUAAAGUCUCGCAAUACAGCUUUGAGUGAGCCCUCGUUAAUGUGUCCAACAUUUCAGUGGAAGUGAGAGCGUUGAGAGGCACCACUAUAACGCGAAUAUUGUUAAGAGAAACUCUCGCAACUUAUUGAAGUUUUUUCUUAACUAUUUUUUUUUAAUUUAAUAUUUUUCUUUUACUUUUCUUGACUCUUUUGUGGUAAAUGUAAUUUAUUUCGCCCAACUACAUCCCACUGAGGGACCCUUCGAGGAUCACGCGAAGUUCACAAUAGGAAUUGUUUCUGUGGUGUGGUGAAAAGUUGGGAAUUUUUUUUAGGGCUUUCUGGGUGGAGUGAAGUGGCCAACAUUAUUGUUGAGUCGAGUAGUAGUAGAAGUUGUGGUUGUGCAAAGUGGAAAAGAAAAACUAAUAUAAAUUGUAUGUUUGGGUGGAGAAUGCAUCGAGGAUGUGGAAUGGAGGAGAGAUGUUGACGGGAAACAGUUGUUUGGCAAAUAAACAAUUUUAUUAAUUCUUCUUUCAACCAAUAAAAGUUUCCCUCUUCCAAAAGGACUCAAAAGGAAUUAAAAACAAAAUAAAAAAAUAUUUAAAUUUUGUGCUAAAUUUUUUUUCUUUGAGAUCUAAAAUUGAACUUUUUAACCCCGCGGAGUUUUUUUUAUAAACGUAAAAGACCCCACUUGGUCCGGAACCUUUUAUUUCACUGCACUGCAUAUAAACACAGAAAUAAUGUUUAAAAGAGUUUAGUGUACGGAAAGUGUGUGUUUACUGCCUCUUCCUGCUACGUGUUAUUUUGAUAAAAUAACAACAACAACAAAAUUUUGCAUCUAUAAUAUUUUCUAUGAAAAUAAUACAAAAAAAAUAUACAAAACAUGCAAUAAGCCAAUUUAUUGCCAACAAGGGGACAUUGUAUGCAAUUAAAAAAAUAAAUCGAACACAAAAAUUAGUGAUUAGUGACUCUCAUUCCUGGAUUUACAUUUAUUUCUUUCCUGUGUUAACACCAAAAAAAAUGUUAAAACUUUGGGAAACGCAACGGCGGCAGUUGCCGAAGACCAAGCGAAUGCUUCGUGCUGGAGUCGUCUGAAAUGAUUGUUAUUGAUUAUCCAGAAGUAACAAGCAACGUGGCAAGCAAUCAGCAUUUGAGCCCAUCGACCGCAAAGGUGGCAAGGGGUCGAUGUGAGCGCGGGAUGGACCAGAGUCAGCAGCGUGGUGGCUCUGCCUUCAACAUAAUCUACACGGACGUAGACACGGGGCAUCAGUCACGUCCCGAACUCUACCAGAAGUGCAAUAGAGGUAGUCAUUCAAGCGAUACGAGUUCAGCUUAUAGUGGAUCCGACACCAUGACUUCCGUUCACAGUUCAUCCAUUGAUGCCGAUGAGGUUGAUCUCUCGGGGCUUGUGGAGAGUGUGGUGGAUUCAGAUGAGGAGGAUUUAGCUGAGAGUAUGGAUAGUUUAACCGUACGCGAUACAGUACGGGAAUGUUUAGAGAAGGAUCCCACCGAUCGGACAGAAGAUGAUAUUGAGACACUCCUUGAAUUUACGCAAAAGCUCAAAGCCUUCACGAGCCUCACGCUGGCCGUGCGGCGGGCAUUGUGUAGCGUAAUGGUGUUUGCUGUUGUCGAGAAGGCCGGCACGAUGGUUAUGAAUGAUGGGGAAGAGUUGGAUUCGUGGAGUGUCCUUAUAAAUGGUCACGUUGAGAUUGAGCAUGCAAAUGGGGAGCAUGAGGAGCUACAAGUUGGUGAUAGUUUUGGUAUUUUACCCACAAUGGAUAAGUUGUAUCAUCAGGGUGUAAUGCGAACAAAAUGCGAUGACUGCCAAUUUGUCUGCAUCACGCAGACGGACUACUACAGGAUUCAGCAUCAGGGAGAGGAGAAUACGAAGCGACAUGAGGACAAUGGGCAAUUGGUGAUGAUAACUGAAUUGCGCCAUGGGCUCCUUGAUGCUGGAACAAGGCGUGGUCAUGUUGUUAUUCGGGGAACACCCGAACGAUUAAUGUUGCAGCUGAUUGAGGAGAAUUCCAUGACGGAUCCAACGUACGUUGAGGACUUCCUGCUAACUUAUCGGACAUUCAUUGAGAAUCCCAAUCAAGUGGCACAGCAGCUGUUGACGUGGUUUGAGAAUGAAGACACCUCCCCGUCAACGUGCUCAGCAACACCCACCGAGAUUAGGGAUCGUGUCACGCGCACAGUGAUUCUGUGGGUGAAUAAUCACUUUACGGACUUUGAAUUUGAUGGGCAAAUGAUGGAAUUCUUGGAGGCUUUCGAAGUUGGGCUGGAGAAGAAAGCCAUGGAGGGUCAGCUGCGUCUGUUGCACAUAGCUUGCGCUGCCAAAGCCCGUACACGGGUAGUCACACUCACGAGAUCCUCACGAGAUGAGCCGUUGCACUUUGAAAUAAGUGGUGGGAGUGAAAGAGGGGGUUUGGGGGUGUUUGUUAUUGGUGUUGAGAGGCGAACAAAGGCCGAAGAGGUGGGAUUCAAGCGUGGCGAUCAAAUUCUCGAGGUUAAUGGGAAUAGUUUGGAGCACGUGACCCUUGCGAGGGCACUUGAACUGCUUCGGAGUACAACACACCUCAGUGUGACACUACGAAGCAAUCUGUUGGCAUUCAGAGAGAUGCUGGCAACGCCUGAAUGCCUCUCGCCGCAGCGAAGUCGUCCAGCAAGGCGGAGAGUUGUACCGGAUUUGCAGGAUCCACGAGCGAGGCUAUCGGCAGCAGACUUGAUUGCUGGCGUUGAUCAGGCAGAUGCAGCAAUGCGCGUACCUGCUUCCCCACCGGCAAUCCCGAAUCCACCACCAAUGGGCCCCUUGUCAGCUCCACCGGCACCAAGUGCAAAGAGCAGCAGUGGUUUCAUGACGCUGGCGCCGAAGAGACGCCUCCAGAAGGCUCUGAUUAAGAUGAAUCUCCUUCCGAAGAAUUCCCUCCUUCUUGCCACCGAAGGGAGUAUUGAUGCUGAAUCCCCACCUCCAGUACCCAACACAGUUGCGCCAGGAAGUGGUGGUGACAACAGUAGUACAAGUUCAGGAUCUUCCCAGAGUGUUACAACAACAACACCCUCAACGUCGGGGCCAACAAUCUACCAUAGUCAGAGUAAUCCCGAUCUAAGUACCUACUACGACGAUAAUCGGGCUGCAGACUACCCAGAGCACGUGCUGAAAGUCUACAAAGCCGAUCAAACUUGCAAGUAUCUCCUGGUGCACAAGGAGACAACGGCUCAUGAGGUUGUCAUGCUGGCCCUUCAGGAAUUCGGGAUUCAUGAGACAAGUUCGAAUUUCUCCCUGUGCGAAGUCAGCGUGGGCGAAGGUGGGAUGGUUAAACAGCGACGACUGCCAGAUCAAAUGCAAAACUUAGCUGAACGCAUUGGCUUAUCAGCUAGGUACUACCUCAAGACAAACGGUAUCACUGAGACACUCGUCCCGGAUGAUGUUGCCGCCGAGCUUGUGCGGGAGAAUGUGGUGCAUUUCCUUCAGCUCAAUGCCAAUGAGGUUGCCAUGCAGUUGACCUUUCAGGACUUUGCAAUUUUCCGCCAAAUUGAGAGUACAGAGUACAUUGAUGACCUCUUUGAGCUACGUUCCCCCUAUGGGACACCAAUGCUGAAGCAAUUUGCCGAACUUGUCAACCGGGAGAUGUUCUGGGUUGUCACGGAGAUCUGUAGCGAAGGGAAUAUUGUGCGACGCAUGAAGAUCAUUAAGCAAUUCGUCAAGGUGGCGCGACACUGCAAGGAGUGUCGGAAUUUCAAUUCAAUGUUUGCCAUUGUUUCGGGGUUGGGGCACGCCGCUGUGAGUCGCCUACGGGCCACGUGGGAUAAGUUGCCGUCAAAGUAUCAGAAACUCUUUGGGGAUCUGCAGGAGUUGAUGGAUCCAUCGAGGAAUAUGUCAAAGUAUCGGCAAUUGGUUUCAACUGAACUUGUUACACAGCACCCAAUCAUCCCCUUUUACCCCGUUGUUAAGAAGGAUUUAACAUUCAUCCACCUUGGCAAUGAUUCACGCAUUGAGGGUUUAAUUAAUUUUGAGAAACUCCGAAUGAUUGCAAAGGAGGUUCGUAGUUUAGCCUACAUGUGCAAUUCGCCGAAUGAUUUGCUAACAAUGCUGGAGCUUCGUGGGCAACCACCGAGUUCCGCAAUGGUGGCACUCAAUCAGAUGUCCGUGGCUACAUCCGGGGGUGGUACGUCGAACUUCCUCGGGGGUGGGCAGGCAACGGUGAAACGGCGGAAGAAGAGUACAGCAGCACCGAAUCCGAAGAAAAUGUUCGAAGAGGCUCAAAUGGUGCGUCGUGUGAAGGCAUAUUUGAAUAAUAUGAAGGUAACAACGGAUGAGGAUGCCCUGCACGCGUUGUCGGCUGAAUGUGAACCCAGCGGCGGGUCUGCCCCGAGUUCUGUCACCAUCCGCAAGAGGCAUCCAUCGCCAACACUCAGCACAACAUCAAGUACAAGUAGUACGAGUGAAGGGAAGAAAUCGGCGCAUAUUUCAACAGCUGGUGCUGCCAUUGGGGCUGCUGUGUCAACAGCUGCAGCCAGUGGGAAGUUUGGAGCUGCAUCACCGCAGGCUGUUAAGAAAAUCCUGGCGCUUUCGGAGCAGAGCAAAACACGCCCCCACCAUCCAAAACAUCCGGGGAUUGUCCUCCCUGGCCUUGGGCAUUACACAUCAACGCUUCAGCAAUCAUCCAUUAGUCCAUCACCCUCACCAAAUACCCACCGACGCAUUAACCCGAGUAGUAGUGCAGGAUCCGUCUCGUAUUCAGCUCAUAGCUUCCCAAGUGGGCACGUAGGUGGACGCGCUAUUCACGAGAGAAGUCACUCAGAUACCCCAACUCCCGUCCCGUCUGUGGAUCUCUCAGCUGAGAGUAGCAGUGUGACGUCAUUGAGCAAUAUGCCACUGCGGAAGACAAUCACAUCCAGCAGCUUGACGUCAAGUGACAGUGGCCAUGGGUCGUGUGCGCAAUCAACGGCGGAUAAUCAGAGUAAUUGUUCAGAGAGCAAUAGUGGGCUGUAUCACGUUGCAUCGUCUAUUGUGCACAAUUCCCCGUCGCCAACACUCCAGCAGAGGCGUCAUUCAGCAAUGCACGGCUCCUGCGGAUUGGGCAAUUAUAUCAUGUCAACACCGGCAAUUGGGGUGCCUCCGCCACCGCAUCAUCACCCCCAUGCGCAUGGCCCGUCAAAUUCCCAAGCAUUGAAUGGAGAUCUCCCCUAUCAACUCACACCAAUCGUCUCACCACUCCAUGGGUCCACGACAAACUUUCUCACAUCACCACAAUUUCAUUCUGGCACACGAUACAACGCGCAUCCAAUGGUGGCAAGUGUGGGUGGACACGGGGCUAGGGGUGCAGGAUGCCCACGGCUACCACCAGCCUAUAGUGUUGCAGCACAAAUGGCACGCUUGCAUCGUCUCGGGAGGGCACACAGCCACGAGGGGGUGACAACAGUGACAGCAGCAGGGAAUCCCGGGGGGUUGAUUGCGCCCCAAACGCACUACCGCCCAGAGCCAGAGGAUGAAGAUGAAGAUGAUGACGAGGAGACGCAAGUGUCGGCAGUCUAAAGGAAAAGAAAAAAAAGAGAGACAAAUAGUAAGUUUUUUUUCUCACAUUCCAAGACAAGACAACACACCACAUUUAAAAAAACUAACGAAACACCAAAAGAUUUAUUAAAAGAAAAAAAUAUUGCCUCUUGUUUAUUUUGUCAAUAUUUGUUAACUAAUUUAAUUCCCAAUUUUAGAUUUAGAAUUUGAGUCUUUUUUUUUUAAUUGCAAAUAUUCCUCUUAAAUAAAUAUUAAUUUAGUGCUAAAAA